AUGCUGAAGUCUAAGAUAGCUACAGUACCUGUGCUUAAACAGUUCGACCCAGAUCGCCCUCCCGUGAUCGUGGUCUACGCUAGUAAGUGGGCUGUCUCAGCGGCCCUGAUACAGGAGUAUGAUAGCGUGUAUCAUCCGGUGGCGUUCACGAGCAGCACUCUGAAGCUGAAUGAGCUUAAAUACGGGGCGGUGGAGAAGGAAGUGCUGGCGUUACUACGUGUUUUGAACGUACGCUACACUACACUAGCUUCACAAGAGAUCACUGUGCUGACCCGACAUUCCACGUUAGCGUGGUUGAUGCAGUCCCGAGGGCUUAACGGGAGAUUAGGACGGUGGGCUGCUCUGCUGUCAAACUGGACUAUGGAGGUAAAGAAAUGCGAAAAAGGAGAGGAAGCGAUACUGGGUGUGUUGGCAGCGAGUAUUGCUCCGAGAGAAGAGGUGAAAGAGAUACUGAUUGCAAUCUCCCCGCGAAAGGACUGCCGACUCAAGAUUUCAACGCCUCCUCCAACGGUGGAAGCUGAUGAGGAAUUGCUAGUAGCCAGUUUCGAUGGAUCGGCGAGGAUAAAGAAGAAAGGAGGGUCUUACAGUGCCGUGAUGCGGAGGCUUCCUGAGUGGACAAUCUUGGCGGCAGAAUCUAGAUAUGCUCUCGACCUGACCGUGAACGAAGCUUAG